AUGAACAUCUUUAAAACUUCCCUUUUUUAUUUGCUUUUACAUUCAAUCUUCACAUAAAGUUAAUGCUUUCUUAAACUCCCAAAAUAUCUAGGAAAUAACUAUGGUCAAUCAUAAUUUUCUGCAAUUGAUGUAUCAGAUAAUGGGUAAAUCAUAGUUGGAGGGACAACUACUGAAGAAGGAUCUGAUAGCCUUUCAUUGAUGAAAACAUCGUUUUUCUUCUUGAUAAAUGUUGACAGAUCUACUAAGUGGAUUAAGAGUAUAAGUUAAGAUUACUACGAGGUUCAUUCGAUAAAGCAAGAUAUGCAUGGAAAUGCAUAUGCAAUAGUUAUUUCAGGAUCCAAUGAGUAUGAAUACAUGCUAAUUAUAGGAUCUGUAUCUCUUUAAAAUCCUAGACCAAUCAAGUUAACAUUUUAAAUAAGUCUCUAGAUUCUUAAGAAAUCACUUUAUAUUGAUCAAAAUUAUUCAGUGUAUCUAAUUUGCAGCUAAUAAGAUACUGAUACUCAUUACAUCAUAGUUUAUUAUUAUCAACAAGUUUAGAAAUUUCAAAUAUCGCCAACUAAUCCUAUAAUUGAUUCCUAAAUUAUUUUGAAAAACCCAUUUUUUGGAGGAAAUGCUUCUAAAGUUAGACUAUUUGGAAAGAUUUAAUUCGGUACUAGACCCAAUAUUUGGACUUGA